AUGGCGUUCUUGCACGGGGUGAUUAAAAAUGUCCACGAUAAACAGCCUUACAAAGUAGGAAAAGAUUACUUAAAUGAGAACGUUGUUAAGCUUGUUGAACCUUAUUUGUGUUCAGGUCAUGAGGGUUUUAAGAGAGUCAUUGGCCAGGUGGCGCAGGGUGUCGGGAGGUAUAAUAGGGAUGUGGAGGGGAGUAAUGAGAGGGUGAAAAGGCCUAUUGAAAAGCUACAAGGCUUUGUAAAAGAAGGCAGUGAGUUUGAUAAUAGCGUAAAAAAUCUGCCUUAUGCAAAUGUUACUGAGGAGCAUGUCAAAAGGACCGUGAAGUUAGUGGCUGAGUGUCGAGAAAAUGCCAGGCUCUACGUGUCAGGAACACAAUUGGCUAGACAGGAAAUAAACGACUUAAAUCGUGAACUUAAUGUUAAAAUAAACAAUGCAUACGAUGUUAUUUAUUACCAAUAUGACAGGCUUGUUAAAGUGUCGAGGCAAGAGAAAAGUGACUUGGAUGAGGCGACCAAAAGAGUCAGAGAGGUGUUGGAAGCUGCCGGGGAUAAUCUAAAAUCGCAAAUUUCAUCCAACAUAAAAAGCCUUGUCGCAGAUUUGAAAAAAUUGGUUGACGCAAUUAAAACAAAAUUAGACAGUAUUAAAGAAAACCUUGAAAAGUACGUUGCAGCUUUGGACAAAUGGAUUACCGCUGCACUGGCGGUGAUACAGGCGGCGGAAGACAGGAUAACGGAGGAUAUAUUGCCGAAGGUUAGUAAGGGGAAAGAGUAUGCACAAACUCCGAUUGGCGAAGCUGCAAAGGACUUGCAAACUAAAGGAGAAAAUCUGUUGAGUGCGUAUGAGACGUCGUUUAAUGGGCUGGAUGGGUUGAAGAGGGGAAUUGAGGGAGCGGUUAGGGAUGUUGAACAAGUGUAUGAGAAGAAAUUGUUAUCUUUGAAGAAGGGUGUGAUUGAAGGUGUGAACAAAGCGUUAGAAGAUGGUGAGCAUGGCCUUACGAAGUUGGAUGAUCAUGUAAAAGGUGGGUUGAUAAACCUUAGGGAUAGACUUAUUAAGCAGGCAAUUGAUGGGUUUGUAGAACAGUUGGAAAGGACGAAUUAUGAAUCGAGUGCUGCUAGCCUAUUCAUACGCGGUGGUGGAGCCACAGGUAGCUUCAGUCAAUUACCGGAUACGAAGUUGAAAUCAUGGAUUGACAAAGUAAAAGAAGAUCUAGAGCAGAGCGUCAUCCACAUCCCAGUACAUUAUCGCAAUGGAGAAGAUAAGUUAAAGCAUCUAAUGGGUGUUCUAGACGGCAUAAAAAAGGAAAUCAAAAUUCUAGUAGAUACACAAUUAAAACCCACGUCCUUUUUUGGCGCCAUCGGUACCGACAUUCACGGGAAGAUAACGAAGGUCAUAGAGGGGAAUCAGAAAAAUAUGAAUCUGGAAACACUCAUGAAAGAUUAUUAUGCCAAGACUAAAAAGGAUCCUACACCAGAUGGCAGAAACGUAGGUCAGCUUAGAGGCCUAAUUAUGACUAUUAAAGCGCCCUUUAAAAAAGACGGUUUCAGUGAAGAUGAAGCCUUCGAAAAGUUCGACGCUCAGAAAAUGGAUGGUUAUAAGUUCGAGAAGGUUAUUGGCGAGACCGGUCAAGGCGCACAACCUAAGUACGAUGCAGCCGUCAAGAAAGUCAACAAGGCGCUCAAGGCUUUCGUCGACACUAAUUGCGUCGAUACGCCCUCAGGCACCACAGCCAACGUAAAUGAGAAGAAAAAAGAACUCUCCGGCUUCGUCGAAACAAUCACCACCGAACUGAAGAACAUCGCCUGGCUGGUCGACAAUGAUGCAUCUGACGAGAAGCCCAGCGACGUUAAGAACCAUGAACAAGGUGGUAUACGACAGAGAUUGCAGAAGCUUAAAGCAGAUAUUGGGAAGGAUGACGGAACCUCUCGAGAUGACAAAAAACUUCAAGGGAUCCGUAAUAAACUCCAUGACCUCAAAGAAAAGGAUUUGGCAGCGGUCAUCGGAAUGGCCGACGCAUUUGCUGGCCAAGCUGACACAUUUUGCGGCACAACAGUUGAAAAUCUAAACAAUAGUGUGGACUCACAGGUCCACACAGCCAUUGAUGCUUUAACAGCCCAAGCUCGAAAGCGGUAUGUUGCCACCAUCCAAGACAUAUUAAUGGCUUUUGCGGACAAGGUGGAAAAGGAGUUGAAGACUUUGCCUCAAGACAUAAAUCAUGACUUGACCGUAGGUUACAAGGGCUUCAUGAAGACGUUAGAAGAUGGAAGUAAGGAACCUAGCAAAAGGGAUAGUGAGAGCAUUAAUAGGCUUACAGAUCUCGUAUCUCUUAUGUCUUCGCCAUCCUUCGAUAAGAAAGCAGCGUUCAUAGGCAUGUGCUCCGCUUAUCAGUUAUUCUUCAGGCCAAUCACAGAAUAUCUCCUAGGAGAAAUCGUGCGAGUUAAUGCAGAAGAAAACAAAAAGAACCAGAAACCUUCAGCCAAAGAGACUUUAUACACUAAUAAGCUCCACGCUGUAUUCAACGCACUCAGCAAAUUAGUUGAUAACAUUAAGCACAAUCAUGGCUACGACUACAAGGUGCCCGGGCUAUGUGAAAAGCUACGUGAUUCAAUUGUCAGCUUGAAGCCGUACAGCUUUGCGAUGUUGACAUCUCCCAUUCUAGAUGUUAUUGUAAGCGGCGUCGACAUGUUGGAGAAAGAAUUGAGCAAAGUUUACAUUUCUGCGUAUUCCGGGAACACAUAUGACUCCAAGGACGAAAAUGCAUACGCCAAAAUCUGUCUCAGCAUUAUCUCCAUUGUCAACGCCGAUCUAGCCCAUUUGAAUAAAAUGUGCGAAACCGAUGCUUGCAAAUUCAGUAGAAUAUGUGAACUGAACGAUGGGAAGGAGAAUCCACUCGGUACGUUUUUAACACGUUUCGGAUACAGCGUUCCCAAGGGUGAUGGCUCAGGGCAAGACGGCGAAUUAAGGUGUUCUGGAGGAAUGAUUGGUGGGCAUAUUCUUCAAAAACUCAACGUAUCAAUUGACGGCGCCAAAGCAAUUACGCACCUCACAACAUGUUCGUCGCCUAAAAAUCCUAGAGAACACAUAUGCGUCAUGGACAUUGUUCAAUGUUUUGCCACUCACCUUACAGAGUUUUCUCAAGUCGGUCACAUAGCUGCAUUCACCGCCAAUAAACAUCCUUGCAAUGUGUAUGAAAUGCUUGGUUGGCUUGGCGGCUUACCUAACAACCGCGUCUAUGAGCAACUUAAGUCACACAUUAAGACUACAUUAGAUAAACCAGAGAAAUACAAAAGGAAAGAUUUCUCCGAAAUACCUGAACACAUAUUAGGAUUAAAAGGGUACCCGUAUAACGUAUCAUACAGACGCAUAAUAAUCGCCAUUCGUGAUAUUACGUACAACUCGCAUACUCUACUCACCACUAUCGCCGGUCACGGUGAUGCUGAGUGCGGGUACGCCUGUGACUACUCCAAUAAUUCACUUAAUCUACACUAUCCCACAUCCGGUGCAGAUUGUUUAGAUAUGCUGCUGGACAUUCUGCGCAGGUUGCAUUAUGUUUUAAAAUUCUUGCAUAACAGGUGUGGCGUCGCUGCUAAGCACAGCGGUUGGCGUGAUUGUAUGUACGGCAAGGACAUCCCUACAACCAAAGCGCACUGUAACGAACAACCAACUAACCAACCAAAUUGCCAACCUAGGUGCCAAGCAAACUGCCACGCAAACACUAAACCAAAUUGUCAACCAACUUCUCCACUGAUGAAUUACCUAUCCGACUCGUUACCAGGCCACUUGCCUCACCAAUUAAUCACUGUUGGGUGUAAGCCCAAAUGUACCACCUGCCCUACUACCUCCAGGCUGGGAAUGCCCUGCCUUACCCCGCUUGGCUUCAGGGGGUUUUCCGGCUCAACCAAAACUGGUGAGAACCUGUAUGAUUCGAUUGAAAUAUUCUUCAAUAUCCGCAAUCUUACAGCACUAUUCGCCCUUGCCCCUAGGCCACCAUCAACGCUGCCUGAGCACUUCGGUUUUGCACUGUCGCUUGCGAUGGGUCUUAACGCUACGCAACUGAAGAAGAGUGAUGAUAUAAAGACAUUACAAGAUGCAUUUGCAGAAUCUGCCACCCGGCUCUCUAUUACCCUUUACGAGCGGCCCGGGGACCUUACAGAUGCUCUCACCGCUGCUUAUGGCUCUCCCUCCGCCCCUCAUUCCAGUUGCGAUGGCUCUCAUCUUAUGCAUCUCACCGAAUCGCAAACAUGUAGCAACAACAUUUAUUCUGCCCCCUACCUUCAGUCACUGUGCCAGGAUUACACGUACUACCUUGCCAACAAACACACCGGCGCCUACCUUUCCUGGGUUGUUUACUUGCCUUGGGAUUUCUUUACCUUCCUUGGCAAUCUCUAUAAUGCUUUCUGCAAUAUAUUUUGCCAGGAAUGGGGGUGCAGGAAAACAUGGGACGGCCAUAUCGUCCUGCAAUUGCACGUCCAUCGUAAAAUGUAG